AUGCAGAAAACCAAUUAUUACAAUAAGAUUUGCUUUAAUCAUCCCUUACAAAUCUGUAACGAAUUCGGUUUAUUGGAACACAUGGCCAUAAAAGUUAUGGACUUCAUAUUAGGUGCAGAUAGUUGCGACGCCUGUCACUGUAGUCGUUCAUACCACUGUACUACGAAGGAGAAGCCUGUGAAGAGAAUCCGAACAGUUGAGAGUAUUCUUCAAGAUGUGAAAAGUCUUUAUGACGAAAAUGCGAGUCAAGGUAUCCGUCUUAAGGGUGAGAUCACCAAGUGGAGUACUGAUAUUGAGAUACUGGAAGCCGUUCUCGAGCAGAAAGAGAAUGAAAUUCGUGAGUGUUGUCACGAACUGAAGAAAAUUUGUCCACAGUUCAACUUCGUGGAUGAGCUGAACUGUGUCUUUACCGCUAUGAUGGCACAUGCUCGUACUCUUACAUCAUUGGAAGCUCGGAAAAAAGCUGAUAAGAUGAUUGAAAAUAUCAAAGAUAUUGUAAAUGAACUAUCGAAGGAAUAA